AUGGCCCCCUGUCCCCAACCUGACUGCUGCCUGGCUGGCAGCCCCCUGGGCCUGAUAUGUCUGUCCCUUUUGCUCAUCCCUGCUGCAGCUGGAACCUACUGUGACUGCAGCCUGGGCCUCAGCCGCGAGGCCCUCAUCGCUCUCAUUGUGGUGCUGGCAGGAGUCAGCGCUAGCUGCUUCUGCGCCCUCAUGGUUGUGGCACUUGGAGUCCUUCGAGCCAAGGGUGAACCAAGCACCAGACAUGUGGACAACAGGUUGGUGGGGCACUUCGGGGUCCAGGAAGAUCGCAUGGACCUGCAUGCAGUGCACGUGGAGUCCCACCUUAUGGACCCUGAACUGGAGGUUUCCAUGAUGCCAUCACUGGAGGACCAUGGCCUCAUGACCAUCCCCAUGGAGGCUACUCUAGAGGAGCCGCCCCCACCCCCACCCCCUGAAUAG